CGUCUCUACGACGUCCAUAUUCUAUCUCUGCUUUCAUUACCAACCUCUCGUCUCUUUCUUUUACAAAUCCUUUUUUUCUCUCUCUCUCUCUCGUUCCCAUCUCAAUAGUCUAUCUCUUUCUCUCUCUUCUUCUUCUUCUAUUUUUCGUCCUUCUCACCAAAACACAGAAUCAUGGCUCAGAAGGCGGAGAAAAACGACACCGACUUCAAGGUCCCGGAACCAAUCACGCCCUGCGCCACCACAACCGCCGCCGCUGCAACUUCGAUUUCCGAGCCUUCUAGAUUCUUCGACGCUGUCGCUCCGCCCACGUCGUCGCGUUCGCCCAAGCGCUCGCUUCCGCAGGAGGACGCUGCGAGCGCGGACCGGACGGGGGCAUCGGAGCCGAAGCGCGCGGUGAACAGGUGCUCGGGAUGCCGGCGGCGCGUCGGGCUGACCGGAUUUCGUUGUCGGUGCGGUGACCUCUUCUGCGCUGAGCACCGGUACACCGAUCGCCACGACUGCUCCUACGACUACAAGGCAGCCGGGAGAGAGGUCAUCGCGAGGGAGAAUCCCGUCGUGAAGGCCGCGAAGAUCGUGAAGGUCUGAAAGCCCUAGAAUCGGAAAAGAAAAAAAUUCGAUCGAUCGCUGAGACGAAAAACGAAGCGAAACAAACGACGGCGUUUCGACGCGGUUAGGUUGUUAAUUUAAUUACUCGCAGCGCGUCUUUUCUCGGGCGCGUGGGUGGGGAUCUGGGGAAGUUGUAACCGGAACAUGAAAAUCGGUGAUCCUUUUUCUUAUUUUUUUUUAUGUAUAAUUUUCUUAAUUUUUAUGUAUUUUUUUUUCUUAAUUUCGGGUUGGGAUUUAUAAAUUGUUGUGAUUAUUAUGUGAAUCAGUGAAUGGUUUCUGCUUGCUCAAA